CUAUUUUUGCCUUCGGAGACCUCCAUCGGACUCCCAUAGCUUGGUCUUUUUGGGACUCCAGACGUAUCAUUCGGAGGACACAACUGCCAUGACGCGUACAAAUGUACUCUGCUAGGGCUACAGCUGCUGGAUUGAGACAAGGCUACUUUCAUUGACUCUGUUACUGCCAUCUCUCACUGGGAUUCUAUGUAGGCUUUAACUGUAGGACCUCCAAUAGAAAUACGUACAUGUAAAUUUGAAUUUAGCGAGCCUUGAUGCGGCAUUUACUAUGUUAAACACGUAACUCGGAAUGAUUACGUCGUAGGCCAUUGAGCUCUCACAGUGCGUUACCGAUGGGCGGUGACACACGCUUUGCGGAAGUGUACUGAGCUGAAGUCAUAUGACCAGGCUCGAAAUGGUAUCUAGAUAUGGAUAAAUUUCCUCGGAGACGGUGACAACAUCCACAGCGAACACGAUGGAGGAGAUUAAAGUGUCUCCUGACUACAACUGGUUCAGAAGCACAGUGCCCCUGAAAAAAAUCAUAGUGGAUGAUGAUGACAGCAAAGUGUGGUCCCUGUAUGAUGCCGGCCCAAAGAGCAUCAGGUGUCCCAUCGUCCUGUUCCCACCAGUCAGCGGGACAGCAGAGGUGUUCUUCCAGCAGGUGCUGGCUCUGACGGGAUGGGGCUACAGGGUGAUCUCGCUGCAGUACCCGGUGUACUGGGAUCUCAUGGAGUUCUGUGACGGCUUCAGAAAGCUUCUUGAUCACCUGCAGUUGGAUAAAGUCCAUCUGUUUGGAGCAUCGUUGGGUGGAUUCUUGGCUCAGAAGUUUGCAGAGUGCACACACAAGUCUCCCCGGGUGCACUCCCUGAUACUGUGUAAUUCGUUCAGUGAUACCUCCAUCUUUAACCAGACGUGGACGGCCAACAGUUUCUGGUUGAUGCCAGCUUUCAUGUUGAAGAAGAUUGUUCUGGGGAACUUUGCUAAAGGGCCUGUGGAUCCUAAAAUGGCAGAUGCAAUCGACUUCAUGGUGGACAGGUUGGAGAGUCUGAACCAAAGAGAGUUAGCAUCGAGGCUAACACUCAACUGUCAGAACUCCUACGUGGAGCCGCACAAAAUAAAAGAUGUUGCUGUAACCAUUAUAGAUGUGUUUGAUCAGAGCGCUCUGUCGCUGGAGGCCAAAGAGGAGAUGUAUAAACUGUAUCCCAACGCCAGGCGAGCUCACCUGAAGACGGGAGGAAACUUCCCCUACCUGUGCAGGAGUGCUGAGGUCAACCUGUACAUCCAGAUCCAUUUGCGUCAGUUUCACGGGACCCGAUACGCCGCCAUCAGUCCUGCCAUGGUGAGCGCUGAGGAGCUGGAGGUGAAGGAGAGCCAGCUGAGUGGUGCACAGGAUUCUGACAACGACCAAUGAGACCUCUACCUUUCCCACUGUCUCUUACCUUUCAUUUCACAGGACCUCCAGAUUUUCAAUGGAGCUCAACAGUCAAUCAGCGAGAAUAUUUUUAUUUGACAGAUGAAGCAAUAUUUUUUGAUAACAACCUGGAGAUGAAUGGCAAUCGGCCGCCUUGCUUUAGGAACUCGCGACACUUUGCCUUAUGUGAAAUGUAUAUGGUAAUUGUUGCACUCAUAGUCUGAGCUGUCUAUAUGUGUAAUAUAUGUUGUGACACAGCCAGCAGUGAACUGGUUUCCUGUUGAUUGAAGGUGAACACUGGUUUCAUUCAACCUGAUGAACUUGUUUUUGAAUCCAGUUAAUUAUUUCCACUAGCGUCUCAGCGUGAGCUUAUGAAAUGGGGCUCUGCGCUAGGUUUACAUGAUGACUGUGUCAUGGAUCUGGCCAUCUGUCACACUGACAAAGCCUGAAAUCAGAUCUGUCCAAGUGUCUACACAUAUGAACUAUUCACAUGGGCUCAUCCAUACCUCCAAAUAAUCCUGUAGAUAAACUUGCUUCUGAACAGAUGAAGAAUAAAAGACAAUGAUAUGCUGUGCCUUUCUAUAAAAGAUAAUGUACAUUCUUUAUAAAAUAUUUCCUCUACAUUUUUUAGUUUGUUUCUUGCAGAUGAAUGUUAAAAUCUGCAGAUGUCAUGUGGAAACAAAUGUCCCUUUCAUUUCUUUUAUCCCAGCGACACAUUAGAAGAAUCCAGUGUGUAAGUCUCUAGAUCUCAACAGCAAGUGGACGCAUGAGUCCAUCUCAACAUACAGAACCAACAGAUCCUCCGCAGAUGGCGUCUCCACUCUCCGCUUCAAUCCAUCCCAGCAAUCUGAUACCUGCACUCGACUUCAUAGACAUGCAGCGCUCAGUUGUGAAGUUCUAUGAUGACCUCAUAGUCCAGAACGCAAAGCUGACCCUCAAUCGUACAAAGCAAUGCUCAGAGAGGAUUGUCUGCCAAACCAAUGACUGCUGGUUUAUCAGAGGACUUGAGGUUUUAGUUUCCUGGGAAUCCGCGUCACAGAGAACAUGUCUUCACAUAUCCGUAUCCCGGUAAAGAAAGAAUUUCUUAAGGAAACUUAAGAUGUCAAUAUUCUCCAAUCAAAGUUCUCGUUAACUGGAAUGGGCUGUUUAAUAGGAUAGGAAGGCUCUACAGCUGUUAAAGCCAUACGGUAUUGGUGUCCAAGUAUCAGUGGUGUUUGUGAUAAGAGGCGCCUUAAAAGAUAAAACCCAUCACAAGCUGUCAGUUUAGCCUGCUGCCGUCUGGAAAGAAAUACAAAAGUAUCAGCUGUGGAACCACAAGACUACAGAGCAGCAGGCUUUAAUACAAAGCAGUUCAGAUAUUUAUUGUAGGUCAAUUAGCAAAGGCAUGGCAACAGCUCACACAUGUCAUUACUACUUCAAUUCUUCAGUUUGAUUGCACUUUCCUUCCCCCUGUGUACUGUUAUCAUGCACUCACUUUUGCACCCUGAUUCACAGUAAAGAAACUAAAGCCUCUCCAGAGAUCUACAUAACCUAUAUAGUUU